GAGAGAAAAGUGAUCGGAAGGGAUGAGCUUCGGAAUUCGGAAGGUGUCAAAGAUCUUCUGACGUCAGUUGCGAGAUCCAGCUUUUCGCGGAUCGCAGCACCGGUAUCUUUUCUUUGACACCACUUCAAUUUUUCGCCACCUCGGCAUGCAGGAGCCGAAUACAAAGAGGUCAAAAGGAUAUUGCCACUCAUCACAUACUGUAGCAUCCGAUCACCAUGGCGAAGUUAAGCACCUUGGUAGCAUCCAGUCUGUUGCUGUUGGCAACACUAGCCACAGCCUUUCAAAACGUUCGAUUCCAACCAUGUCGGACCAACAGGGCUCACCAGUCACAUCCGUCGUCGCUCCAUCAGGCCCUGGAUACUGGUAGUAGUAGGCACACGGCAACAAGGCUCUCCGCCCAAAUGCCUACUCGGCCGUCUUGGUUUCGGCGUACCGACAACAACAAACCAGAAACAGUGCUGUCCAUGAGUGAUAACGAUGACAACAACACUCCAGAUGACGACGACGACAAGACUGCAAAAAAGGUGGCCGGCCGCAAGAAACGCGUCCUCAUGGGAUAUCGUCUCUCGGCCGUCAUUUAUGCCUUGCUGAGCAUUGCCACAUUGGUCCCGGCAUUUGUCAAACCACAACUCACCGCCAUGGCACUCAACUAUGCCGGAGGACCCGUAUUGGCGGGGGGCGUUGCCUACAUUCUCACCAGCGCCGCCACCAAUGAUCGACUGGGUAGCGACACGUACAAACGAUUGAAUCUCAUGCUCUCCAAGUUUGGACUGGCGUGGUUACUGGCAGCGAUAUUGGUCACUCAACGGACAGCAACACCGCUUUCGAGAGGGGCCAAGAUUGUCUGCAAUCCGCUCGUCGUACUGGCAUCCUUGUCCGCCACGAUCAAUGGAAUCAAGGGAUGGGGAUAUGGCGUCAAAGGAUGGGAUAAAAAGGGUGAUGCUAGUUUUGGAAACGACUUGGUGGGGUUGUUCCAGAGUUCCAUGGGAGUCUUUGUCUCCGCCAUACCCGAUGCUAGUUCUGGAAUUUAUCUCUUGGGGACACUCUUUUCGGCUGGUUUACUAGUCAAAAAGGCGAUCGAGCUGGGAGAAUUGAUACUCGGUGGUGGCGGCGCAGCCACGGGUGCUCAACUGGCCGUUCGGAUCUUGGCAAUGGCCAAACUCCAGCUUCUGGCCGGUGUCAUCUUUGUACUCAUGGAUGCUGCCAAACGAAAGCGACUCUCGGGAUCAACCUUUGUCGAACUCAACGUCUUGUCAUCCAUUGUCUGGUUGGGAAUGGGAGCCUUUCUCAAAAAUGUCGGUCAAGCAAAGUCGUCAACCCUUGCUUUCGUCUUUGGGUCCUUCUCGCUUCUUACAGGACUACAAUUCUACGUCAAAAACAAGAGGAGUGCUAACUAG